AUGUUCGUGAAGCGCAUUGGCGAGCGAGCCGGCAUUCGUAAGCACCGGCGGAGCCACGAGCCCAUGGAGCACGGCGGCGAUUGCGGCCUCGAUGCUCUCGCCUGUCCCCCCAAACGCCUCGGCCAUGCCGUCUCACAUGCUCGCCAGUCCGGUCAGCCCGGCCUGAUAGGCCGCUCUCAGUCGCCCUCACCCACGGGCUACCAUGCGCUCCACACUACGCGACCCGGCUCUCUCACCUCAUCCUCGGUCGCCCUGGCAACCGGUGUACCUGCUGGCUCUUUGCCGCCGAUGGCGUCGCUUGCGUGCGGCUCGAGUGCGGCGUCGAGUCCUUCGGGUGCGGGACAAUUCGGCUUUGCGGGACAGGGCCAAGCGCACUCUCGUGGCCAGUCACGCGGCCCCACUCCGAACGUGUCGAUGGGCAACUCCGUGCCUCAGCUCGGCCAGCAUGUUCUUGCCGGCCGUCUUGCGACGACGUGCACAACCACGCCGCCCGGUGUCGUCGGGCCACCGGCUGGCACCGGCGGCUCGCUGCACCAACCGAACACUCCUCUCUCCGAGGCGACUCUGUCGACGGCCGGCACACCGACCCCGGUCGGUGGACCUCCAUCCGUGCCCGGUCAGACGCUGGCGUCCCAGACAGGUCUGGCGGCGGGACAAUCGUACGCCACGCAUUCUGUGCUGCAGCGCAACUCGCCCUCCUACCAACAGACGGCAACUCCGCUCAACAGUCUUCCCGCCUCAUCCUCCUCUUCCUCCUCCUCCUCCUCUUCCUCCUCCUCCUGCUCCUCUUCCGGCUUGGGCAGCUCGCUGACCGGUUGCAGCAGCAGCAACAGCAGCACUAGCAGCGCCAGCGGCAGCGGCAGCGGCAGCGGCGUCGGACAGACGCCCGGUUCCCUUGGCUACCCGGCCAGCCCGGCCUGCGCCAGCCUCGUCGGCCCGGCC